AAAAAGCCCGAAAAACAAACCAGCCACCACACACAGAGAUUUCUGAAGCGAGACACAGAGGAGGAGGAUGAGACAGACUCCGGGAGGCAGUGGUGACACCGCUCUGCCAACACCAAGUUGGGGACCCGAGGUGGCAGGAGGGAGCCGAGAUGUCCGUGCCACCCCCUCUCUGAUGCCAGCCCCGGUGUUCCUCCAAGGCUGGUUUGGUGCUUGAGCAGUGGCCCACCCUCAGCUGUCCCCCAGGGAGCUGUGUUGAGCACCUUGUGACACCUGGUCAAACCCUGAGGGUUCUCAUCUCCAUCCCUGCUCCUUUCCACCUCUAUGCCUUUGGACCCCCGGAGAGGAUGUCUGUGCCCCAAAUCCAAAUAGAAGAGGCUCUGGACAGCAUGGAUGCUGGCUCUGGGGGGGCUCCUCCUCCAGAUGAUCACCUGAGGACCCUCAAGGCAUUGACAGAGAAGCUGAGACUGGAGACCAGGCGCCCCUCCUACUUGGAAUGGAAGGCAAAGCUGGAGGAGCAGGCUUGGAAGAGCCCCCAGCCCCAGGGAGAUGGGGAGGACGAGGCCACCAAGGCCAAGAAGACCCCAGGAGAGACUGUCCCCAUGAGGAAGGUGCAGCUGCACCUCAAUGGGAGCCCUGCCCAGGACAAGGGGACUGUCCCCUCGGGGAGAAUAGGUGGCUUUGAGAGCAUUGAUGAAGCUCUGACGUGGCUCAGGAAGGAGCUGGCAGAAAUGCGCCUGCAGGACCAGCAGCUGGCCAGGCAGCUGAUGCGUCUGCGCAGCGACAUCAACAAGCUGAAGAUCGAGCAGACGUGCCACCUGCACCAACGCAUGCUCAACGAUGCCACCUACGAGCUGGAGGAGAGGGACGAGCUGGCUGACCUCUUCUGUGACUUCCCCCUCGUGAGCUCCUUCAGCCUCUCCACGCCCCUCAAGCUCAUCGGGGUCACCAAGAUGAACAUCAACUCCCGCCGGUUCUCGCUGUGCUGAACGGGGUGGGGAAGGAGAGGGAAGGAUGGGGGAGAAGGAGGGAGAGGGUGCUCUCUGCCUCGUGGAUGGGUGAGGAGAGGCCAAGGAGGAGCAGAGGGAGCCGACAGGGAGCCCACAGCUCUCGGUGGCAGCGUAGAGGUGGGCACUGGAAUGGCCUGGGGAUGCUCAGGGGAAGGCAGGACCUGUGUGGAAGGAGCCUGGAGAGCAUCCAAACCCAACACAUGCACUCAGCUCCUUUGCCAAGUCCCUUCUCCUCCUCUUCCUCCCACAGGACACAGCUCAGUGUGGGUGGUUGUGCUCAAAAGAUCAAAGGAGGGGUCAAAAAUCAGCCACAAAGCAAAAUCCCUUUUCCCUUCCCCUUCCCCUCCUCCCAGGCUGGAGCAACAGUGUCACUGUCCUCCAUGGAUGUCCCCUUGGGCACCAACCCUCAGCCUCUGCUGCUCCAAGCACAGGAUCCAUGGGGCUGUUGGGUUCAAUGGUACCAGCCCCAAGAAGUGGUGAGAAGAUGUGUUUGUUGGAUUGCUCCAUAGAGUCCAGGGCACUACGGCUUCAUUUCGGCUGUGGUUUAGAUUAUGGACUCACCAUGGGCACAUCCAGAGAUUCCAGCUCACCAGAAGUCUCCUGUGUGCCCUGGAAGUCACACCCAGAGCAAUACACGUUUCUGAUUCUGUUGGAUCCUGUUGUCAGCCACAAGACACCCUGUGGCUCACCCUGCAAACAAGGAAAAGUUGUACCCAAGGCAUCUCCUAUCAGAGAAAUCCCCAGGCUGACACCCCCCAGCAGCAGCACCAGCAAACCCUGGGUCCUCUGUAGCAACACAAAUCCAUCAAAGAGAGGAACUUCAAGAGGAGAAAGAGGAUUUUGGGUAAUGAACUCAAAACAGGACUUAAAUUUUAAGGGAGGAAUUGCUGUGAUGAGCUUUGGACCUGCAGCAGCACGGGGGGUUCCCUCCCUGCCUGCCCAGCAGAAUGUGAGAUGGAUGCUGUAUUUUCUUGCCUUUCAGUGCACAAGGCUGUAGCUGGCACAGGGGGCAGAGACCUCUGGUGCUGCCCAGCAAGGCACUCCACAGGUCCUGCCACGGCAAUUUUGGGACACCUGGCAGCCAAGACAGUACAGACCAAGUGUGGAUGCCUUGUGCCCACACUGCUCCUGACCCUGUCAGAGUGGAACAACCCUGCUCAAGGUGUCCCUGCCCAUGGCAGGAGGGCUGGAACCGGGAGGUAUUUAUGUUCCUGUCCAACCCAAACCACUCUAGGAUCUCAGCCCCACUCUGCUGUGCCCACAGCACAGGAGCAGCUCUUGGCUGAGCA